CGCGAUUCUUCACAUGCAUCACGGUAUCGCCGUCAAAUACGGAAUAGCUUGAGAGAUAUUUCGAGAAGCCGCGGUCUCUGAAUCCCAACCAAAGCUCUAACCUUUUUUUUGAAAGCAAAGUCGAAAGAUCUCUUGCUCUCCAAUUCUUCUUUCCCUCACCGACUUCCUCGUCCACCUUACUCCUUUGUCUCCAAUCCCUUAACUACCAUGGACAUCGCCAAAGAGGCAGUCAAAAAGCUCUCAGAGGGCGAGAAAGCAGCAGAGAAACGACUAACGGUGCUUUGGCAUGAGAUCGAGGCGUGGCAACAAGACAAUCAUUACAUCCGCAGUGGUUACAGACCACAAUCGACUUCAUACAGGAAAUCCGCAAAGAGUCUUGGGUACAUCCACAACGAGACGGUCAACAUAUAUUCACACCUAGUCGGUGCCAUAUUAGCUGUCACAUCGGGCGCAGUCAUAUAUUUCGUGCUAAAGCCACGCUACGAAACGGCGACAAGGGAGGAUGUGCUUGUCUUCGGCUGCUUCUUCCUGGGUGCGACGGCUUGCCUAGGGAUGAGCGCAACGUUUCAUACAAUAUCGAAUCAUUCUCACGCUGUGGCGAGCUUUGGGAAUAAGCUUGACUAUCUCGGCAUUGUAUUUUUGAUAUGGGGAAGCUUCAUACCGGUCCUAUACUACGGUUUCCAAAGUGAACCACACUUGAUCAAGACCUACUGGGCGAUGAUUACGACCCUUGCCGCGGGAACAUCCGUCGUCUCCACGCACACUAAAUUCCGUACUCCUGCACUGCGCCCCUUCCGUGCACUUAUGUUCGUGCUUAUGGGUCUCUCUGCUGUUUUUCCAGUCUUGCACGCCCUCCGCCUCUAUGGGCUGGAGCAAUGCCGGAAGUCUAUUGGCCUCGACUGGGUUGUCCUUCAAGGAUCCCUCUACAUCCUUGGAGCUGGCAUCUAUGCUGCUCGAUUCCCGGAACGAGUGAAUCCAGGGGCUUUCGACAUCUGGGGUUCCUCACACCAGAUUUUUCAUUUCUUGGUCGUGCUUGCUGCAGCGUCUCAUCUUGUUGGAUUGAUUAAGUCGUUUGAUUAUGAGCAUGGUCAGAGAGACGGGGCAGUUUACCUUACUUUCUUGAACAAGAUUUGGCCAUGAGUCGUGUCUAAAUAAGAAUGUUUUCUAGACAGGAGCUAAGCGAAACGGUUGCUAGGACUAUAGACACCGCGCGCAGAACACACGAAAUUCAUUUGCGAUUCC